UUUUUCCCCUAGCUGUGAACAAAUUCCAGGAGCAAACACUUGUUCACCUGAAUGGCAGCACUUGUCAGGGAUGGCGGUUCACAUCUCUAGGAUAUUUUCUUUGGUUUUUAUGGUAUCGGUUAUGCUUUUUAUUCUGUCAUGGGAGCAUUUACCAAAAAGCCUCAGCUGGGCAGAUUUCUCAGGAAUUUACAGGCGCACAGGUGAAGCCAGGUUUCACAGUCACAUUUCAUUCUGGGAAAUAAAAGACAACUCACCUCUACUGCCCACUGAUACGACAACAAAAAAUGUCGAUUCAACAAAAACAAACCCAGUGGUGAGGCUUGAAGCCGCUGAAAUAAAAACAGAUGAAGAUGAGACUCCGAUGCCCGUCCUCUACAAGAAAUCCUUCGAGAUGCUUCCUCGGUGGGAUUUUGAGGAUGUGUACAACCGGGACGCCCCGCCUCGGCCGACAACUUGUGCCCACUCUUUGAGAAACUCUAAAGAUGAGAGCUUCAGGAGGGCUUUCCUUCCCGACAUACGUCUGUUUCUGCACAAAGACAACAUCAACAUGAGCGAGUGGAACCGACUGUCCCAUUUCAACAAUCCCUUUGGAUUUAUGGAGUACAAGUAUGACGAAGUGAUGGCUUCGGUGAAACUUAUCCCAAAGCCAGAAGAGCCGCUGCUGUUUCCUAAACCCGGCGGUGACGGUUGUGUUCGCUGUGCUGUGGUGGCCACAGCUGGAAUACUCAACGGAUCCAAAAUGGGGGCAGAAAUAGAUGCUCAUGAUUACGUUUUCCGGAUGAACGGUGCCGUGAUCGAGGGUUAUGAGAACGAUGUGGGAAACAGAACAUCCGUUUACGUCCACACAGCUCACUCCAUGGUUGCAUCGCUUUAUUAUUUCAAGAAGUACGGAUACAAAGCCGCUCCUCACGAUGAGGGUAUAAAGUACGUGAUGAUUCCAGAGGGGAUGAGGGAUUUCCAGUGGCUCGAGAGUCUUAUUAAAGGAGAAAAGAUCCCGUACGAAGGCCUGUUUCACAACAAAGAGCUGAGGACUUUCUACUCAGGUCAGUACGACGAGAGCCGAUUCUAUGUUCUGAACCCGGAUUUCCUGCGAUAUGUGAGAAACAGGUUCCUACAAACUCCUCAUCUGAACACUUCAGCGUGGUCGAUGGUCCGACCGACCAAUGGGGCGUUCACGCUUUUCCUGGCUCUGCACACCUGCGACAAGGUGAGUGCGUACGGUUUCAUAACAAAUGACUACAAGAAAUACUCCAACUACUACAUGGAGAGGGACGUUAAAACCGACGUCACUUUCUACCUGAACCACGACUACCUGCUGGAGAUGGACAUGUGGAAAGAGCUUCACAACAGCAAAUUAAUCAGGUUGUAUCAGAGAACUGUAUCAAAAACGAAGACUGAAGACCCGAAGCAACGCUGACACCCCGAGAACAUAUCAAUUAAUAUGAAGUGUUAUGUUUUCAGUCAUACAGUACAGUUAACAUUUAUUUAACGUAUGUUUUUGCAUUUUAAUUCAUUCAAAAAUGAAAAUGUAACAUGCCAGAAAUCUCAGAUUAACUAGUCUCAUUGUGAAUUUCUUUUCAUAAUGUCUUGCUGAAUUUCACAAAUAAUCUUUAUUUCUGCCACCUGACUCCUACAGAGUCUAAUGGUGAAUACAAAUUCUGAUUUUAAUGUAUAAUUCAAUAGAUCAUCUGAAUUUCUUGCUUUUGAGAGCAUCGGCACCUUCUUCAGCACAAAAAUGAAGAAAUCUAAACCGAAAUGUGAAGAAGACAAACACAGUGAAACCGGAGGGAAGAGGGGUAUGCUGCAUUUAAGUAAGAAAAUAAAGCUUUAAUAGGUCAGAUAAUAUUAGUCAAGAUAUUUGGAAUAUUUUUCUCUACAUCUACUGGUUUAAGAAACAACAUUCGAAUUAGUAAAACUUACAUAUAGAAUACUAUAUUUCAGUGCAUUUGCUACAAGCAAAUAUCAAAACUGUUUAAAUAAAUCAUCUGGACUCUGAGCUUUGACAUAAGCAACAAUAAGUUUAAAAAAUAAGCAGAUUUCUGAGGUUUUCCUUUAAACUGUGUAUAAAAAUUAAAAUACAGUCUGAGAUUUCCUGAAAGUUACUGAAACAAACCGCACCACCUGCUGCCACAUUGGAGUUAUUACAGCAAAGAAAUGUAUCUUUAUUCCUUCGAUAAGAUCCGUCAGAAUGAAGGAAGUAACUGUAUAUUUUGCAGUUUUAAGGUAGUUUUGAUGUAAUGCAGUACAUUUCACGUGGAUAUGUUGUACCUUUCACUGCACUGCAUUUAUCUGAAUAUUUUAGCUACUGUUUUGAUUAGAAGUUUAAAUGUAGAAUCAGUUAAGAAAGUGUGCAUUGUUGUUGGUAAAUUUGUGGUUUUCAGUCAUUUUGACACUAAAAACGCUGUUACUGAGACAAAUUUCUCACAUGGUUUCAAAAAAAGAAAUAAAUAUAAAUGUGUUUUUGUCCCUCA